AUGAAGUUGCUGAUUACUUGUGUCAUUAACAGAACUAUUCUUUCGUUUGUGCAUCUAUCCCUAGCACUUUUCCAGCUGUUUGUCCUUGUGCUAGCUCUAAGUGCGGGAGGCGUUUCUAGCUAUCCUGAACACUGCCUUCAUGAUCCUGAUUAUGAUCAUCUGGUGAAGAUUGCCAAACACGGACUGGGAAAGGCAGCCCAUCCAAAGAAGAUUGUCAUUGUGGGGGCAGGAAUAAGUGGACUCACUGCUGCCAAACUUCUCAGGGAUGCGGGUCAUAAGGUUAUAGUCUUGGAAACCAGUGGUAGUAUAGGAGGACGGGUCAAGACCUAUCGCGAUGAGACACAAGAUUGGUAUGUGGAGCUGGGAGCCAUGCGUUUACCAAGAAUCCACAGGAUUGUGCGUGAAUUUAUUAGACAAUUUCACCUGAAGCUAAAUGAGUUCUCUCAGAUGAAUGACAAUGCCUGGUAUUUGGUUAAUGGCAUCAGGGCGAGAGUAAGACAAGUCAAGCAAAAUCCCGAUAUGCUGAAUUAUACUCUGCAUCGUUCAGAGAGGGGCAAAUCUGCUAGUGAACUUUAUAGGGAAAUUCUGCAGGCGGCCAUAUUGGAGCUCCAGAGUUCAGAAUGCAAGAAAUAUUUGGAUAAAUAUGACUCUUUUUCUACCAAGGAGUAUUUGAUUAAAAAAGGAAACUUAAGCCAUGGGGCUGUGAAGAUGAUUGGUGACUUGCUGAAUGAGGACUCUGGGUAUUACCUGUCAUUUCUCAGCUCUCUCAUGGAUUUUGAUAUCUUCUCUCAUGAAGAGGGCUUUGAUGAGAUCACAGGGGGCUUUGACCAGUUGCCCAUUGCCUUCUAUUACUCUAUGCCUGGCAUUGUUCAGCUUAACUCCACGGUUGAGAAGAUAAUAACAAAUGGUAACAUGGUUCGAGUGCUUUACCGUGCACCAGACACACUGACUCCUUAUGUACUGACGGCUGACUAUGUCCUCAUUACAGUUUCAGCCAAAGCCACAAGACUCAUCAAUUUUAUGCCACUGCUUUCCCCCCAAAAGGCACAUGCCUUGCGCUCUGUUCACUACUCCAGCUCCACCAAGAUUGCCUUGGCCUGCCCUGACAGGUUCUGGGAAAGAGAUGGGAUUCAUGGUGGGCAGUCAAUCACGGAUCAUCCCUCCAGGUUCAUCUACUACCCCAACCACAACUUCUCCAGUGGUGUGGGUGUGAUCCUGGCUUCCUAUACUUGGAACGAUGAUGCUGACUUCUUCGUUCCUCUCAGUGAUGAGAAGUGCAUUGAUGUAGUGCUAGACGACCUUGCAGAAGUACACGGCAUACCCAAGGACCACAUCCAGUACGUCUGUGAUAAGCAUGUGAUAAAAAGGUGGAACUUGGACAAACAUUCCAUGGGGGCGUUCGCCUUCUUCACCCCGUACCAGUUUAUGGACUAUUCCAAGGCCCUGUUUCAGAAAGAAGGGAGGGUCUAUUUUGCAGGAGAGCACACAGCUUGGCCUCAUGCCUGGAUUGAUUCUUCUAUGAAAUCUGCUGUGAGAGCAGCAAGAAACAUUCACUGGGAUAGCAACCUACCUCCAGGGCAAUAG